AUGGCCGCCUACAAUGCAAAUGGCGGCGGUUCGCGCGGCCGCAGCAUCCUCAGCGCCUUGGCGGCGACUGAGAUGCUCGACCGCCAGUCCAAGCUGCCAGCAGAAAUACUAGUCGCCGUGCUCGACUACCUCCCCGUUGCCGACCAGAUGCGAGUCGCUCGAACAUCCCGCCGCAUGCAGGAGAUGGUCUACGAGGACCCCCGCUGGGUGUCCCGCCUCAAGAGCAUGGGCUGCUGGGACGAGCGCGAAGCCAGGCAGCGCUUCGAAGAGGCUGUUCGUCGCCGUCGUGAGCAGGCUGCCGCCGCCGCCGCCGCCGCCGCUGCGCAGAACGGCACCAACAAGCAAACCACCACCACACUAUUCGACGCCUCGACCGAAGAACAGCGUCGAAAACGAGCAGUCUCGGAGCUUCGCGACGGCUUCGAGACCAUGACGGUCGGGGCUCCCGCUAACACUAACAACGCCGGUGCUGACGGACAGGCUGCGUACCUUGACGUCCUCGUCAAUGCCAAGAGCAUACGCGGGGCCGCCCGGCAAGAGUACGGCAAGAUCUACGGCGCGCUGGCGCCCUUUUACUUCGACAUCGUCAAGGCCCGCACGCACGCCGACCCUCUCGUCUUCCAGGCGUUUCGCGACCCUGAGACGCAGGCGCGCAUGCUCGCGAACCUGCGCCGCUUCGCCCGCAGCGACUGGGCGGCCGGGUGCAUGGCGCGCGAGGCCAAGCUUGAGGCCAUGACGGGCAUCUUCGAGAGCGCCGUCAUGCGCGAGUUUGAGCAGGGCUACGAGUUCUGGGACGUGGACGGCCGGAUGCGGCGCUUCGGCCACGUCCUGCACGCGCUCAACGGCGCCAAGAGCGCCGUCGAGGUCUUCAUCCGCAAGCACCCCAUCCUCAACGACACGGGCGCGAGCGUGAACCCGAUCGAGUGCAUCCAUCGCGGACAGGGCGCCGACGACGUGUCCCUCGCGCCUGCGCGGCAGUUCUUCGAGCGGCUCCUGGCCAAGGUCAACGAGCAGGCCGGCGUGAUCGAGCGCAUCUUCCCCGACGCGGAGCGCGUCUUCUGGGAGCUCGUCGACAAGGUCCGCGAGGACGUCGUCAUGGAGUACACGACGCCGCUGUUCGACGAGUGCCACGAGCGGUCGCCGGGAAUGUACCUCAAGGCGGUCGCGGGCGUGUUCGAGCAGACGAUGCUCUUCUUCCGGUCGCUGAAGCCGCCGGACGCGGGCACGGAGGAGGAGACGGAGGCCAAGGUGCGGGAGCAGUCCAGGGUCAUGGUGCUGCGGGUGUUUGAGCCGCACCUGGACCUGUACCUCCAGGAUGAGCUGGAGUACUUUACGACGCGGGCGGAGGACGUCGUCUCGCAGUGGGAGAAGAAGCUGUCAGAGCAGGACUCGUCGCUCGAGUCGUACUACAUGUCCAACAUCAACCGCUCGGCGGAGAAGAAGGACUUCCUGAGCUCCUUCCGCAAGGUCGUCAUGAUGCCCGUCACCGCGCUGCCCGGCAUGGGCUUCUCGUCGAGCAGCACGCAGGCCUCGGCCGCCGCGACGCCGAUGCCCUCGCGGCCGGAGACGCCGGGUUUGGGCCGCAACAGCCCCGCGCCCGGCGGCACCGCGACCAAGGCGGCGCCGACGGACGAGCUCGCGGCCAAGGCGGCGCUGAUGGCGUCCAAGCUCGAGGGCAUCAAGUCGCUGUGCAGCAUUGAGGUUGCGCUGAGCCUCGUGCAGGCGGCCAAGGCGAGCCUGGGCCGCGCGGCGCCGCUGAUCCCGCUGGGCGGACAGGCCGGCGGCGAGGCGCGCGAGCAGUGCGCGGCCGUGUUCGUGGCGCUGCUGCGCAUCCUCGGCCAGCGGCACGUCAAGCACGGCUUCGACCUGGCGGUAGGCCACCUGUCGCAGUACAACCCGCGGGACGUCAGCCACGGCAGUGGUGACGAGAAGACGGGAGGGAGCGGUGGCGUGGCGCCGUUGGUGACGUUCAUCGAGCUGGUCAACGUCGGGGACCUCAUCUCGCAGAUGGUGGACGUGUUUUACGAGCAGCAGCUGGCCACGCCGCGGAUCGCGGACCGCAACGACUUUUUGGACCCGGCGGGCAUGGCCAAGAAGCGCUUCGAGCAGAUGCUGGACGAGUCGGUCGCGGCGGGGCUCAACAAGGGCAUCGACGUGCUCAUGGACGAGGUCGAGUACCUGCAGGCGACGACCCAGUCGCCGACCGACUACAACCCGAGCCCGACGGUGGCGGCGGACGUGACGGUGACGGACAAGAGGGCGAGCGUGGUUGUUGGGGGUGCCAGCGGCGGCGGUCUGGGGAUCGGGCCCUCGCCGACGGCCAAGCGCAUCGUGGCGCUCGUCUCGGGCCACACGUCGAUGCUCGUCGGCACCACGGACAAGGCGAUGCUGGACGUGUUCAACGGCGAGGUCGGCCAGCGGCUCUUCGCCGCCAUCUGCAAGCACCUCAAGCGGCAGCGCGUCAGCGUCGACGGCGCCAUCACCCUCAUCGCCGACAUGAACCUGUACUUUGAGUACGUCCGCACGCUGCGCAUCGGCGAGCUGCUGCCGUACUUUCGGGCGCUGCGCGAGCUGAGCCAGGUGUUCCUGAUCGACGCGGGCGCCCAUGCCAAGGACAUGGCGACGGUGAUUGCGGACGGGGACAGGUUCGGGGGCGUGUUUCGCGCGGAGGAGGUGUAUGAGUAUGCGCAGCGGAGGGCGGACUGGUACGCGGUGAGGAAGGGCGUGGAGAGGGCCAUGUACGGCAUGGAUUGCUGCGUGAUGUAG